UCUGGAAGAAGUCCCUGACCUGACCUGAAGACGAGUAGAAACUGAGACUAGGCCGAUAAAUAAAAGUUUUAGAACAAGGCCUGGGUCUGCAGAAGUGGAUUUCAAGCCGAACGAUUCCUCCUGCAUAUACAGCUUAGAUCUACAGCAGCCACCGGCACUGGAGGCAACCUGGCUCGUUCGCGAGAAGCAUGCCGCGACCUCCAGCCGUUGGGUGUUUCUUUUAGUUGCAGAAAGCUCUAGAGCGGACAGGCCCAGGACGACGUGAACGCAUGAUCAUCACACCUGCUUGGACUGAGUGGGAGCCACGGUACUGCAAGCACAAGCGUUACGCCCGAUUGCACGACUACCGGAUUGGUUUGUCAGGGAACUAACUUAUCAAGACAGUUUAGUUCAGCCGAGGGAAGUGCCGACUCGUCGUCGUUACGAGUGCUCAGGCGGCGCGCGCGCUGUCCCACUCAGAUUUGAGUCGCGGCUUUUGACUAGAGAUCGUCUGCAAAGUGCAGUGCUACAGAUUGAUCGCAGAGCCAGGACUGGCAGUACAGGAUAAGUGACAAGUCACUGAGGAGAUCGCUCGCGAUCAAACCUAUAAUUAUACUCAGCCGGUCACACUGACGGCGUGAUUUCAGGUUGAUGCGAAUUCAAGUUUUAGUGAGAAAAAAAGAAGAAUGUGCGGCUUCCCAUUUGGUGUUCUCGCUUCCCUUGUGGGAUUGGCUGUGCUGCUGCGUAAUGCGCCGGCCCAAGGAAGGUUGCUAGCAACCCUAGAGAAAAGGGUCAUGCUGGGCCUUCACAAUAGUCUAAGCCGAGGAAAUGUCAAUCCCAAGCCAUGCGAGCCCCUGCGCCCUCUGCAGUGGGAUGAUACGCUGGCAAGAGUGGCUAAUCAGUACGCCAGAAGGUGUAUCGUUCAGCACAAUCCAAGAAGGACCACGGAAUACAACAGGCUGAGUGGAAAAACCUACCACAGCGUGGGUGAGAAUUUCUUUGUGGAUCCGAGACUGGAUGAAGCAAGUGCCGUAAUCUGGUCACACGGUUCAUGGCACAGGGAAAUCUCACAGUACGACUAUGCAACAAAUAGGUGCAAGCAGCACACUUGUGGUCAUUACACUCAGAUGGUAUGGAGUGCAACUACUUCCAUUGGAUGUGCUACUCAUAUCUGCAACAGGCGGGGCUCGACAAACUGGCCAUUGCCGAGCAGGGACAAGCUACGGAUGACAUUCUGCAACUACGGGCCGGGAGGUAAUUACCAAGGACAGCGGCCAUACAUGGCGUGCCCACCGACUACGCCCGCCAGGCCGCCAGCUGGACUGGCUACAGCGGCUGGACCUGCUACAACGGCUGGACCUGCUACAGCGGCUGGACCGGCUACAGCACCCCCGUCGGCUGUCGUCCGAGCGGGCAUUGCGUCAACCGUCCAGUCUCAGAUCGUGCAGCUUCACAAUACUAUACGGCAACAUGCAUCACCACAGGCAUGCCCUGCUCUAGGCAGUGUUGCCUGGGACGAUGAUCUUGCCAAUGUGGCGCAGAGGUUUGCCCGCCUGUGCAAGUUCAAGUCCAAUCAUCACAGACGAAGGCUGGUCAACACUCGCAAAGACGUUACGCCGUAUUUCGAGUACGUCGGUGAAAAUGUAUACCAUAGUGCAACCGUUCCCGCCAAUCUGAGCACUCCCCUCACGGCCGUUGCGGCCUGGGAGCGCGAGGCUUUGCACUACACGCUUGACACCGGCGCAUGCGCUGGGGGUGGGACGUGCGGGAACUACACGAACAUCGUUCAGAGAACGGUGACGGGCAUAGGUUGCGGCUUUGCCGUGUGCCGUGCCCAGGGGUCCCGCAAGUACCCAUUUGAUGCAGGCCGGCACCCACAAGCUGCCCUGCAGUUCUGUUACUACGGCAGCAGAAGUCCUGAAGUCAACGUCUCCAGACCGUACCAGACAUGUGCACGAACAACAGCAGCUGCCAUACAGACCACCACUCCGACCACCACCCCAACCACCACACCAACUACCACACCGACCACCACACCAACUACCACACCAACUACCACACCAACUACCACUCCAACUACCACACCGACCACAACACCAACUACCACACCAACCACCACUCCAACCAAAACACCAACCACCACUCCUACCACAACACCAACUACCACACCAACCACCACACCAACCACCACACCGACCACCACACCAACCACCACCCCAACCACCACACCAACCACCACCCCAACCACCACACCAACCACCACACCAACUACCACACCGACCACCACGCCAACCACCACACCAACCACCACACCAACCACCACACCAACCACUACCCCAACCACCACACCGACCACCACACCAACCACCACACCGACCACCACACCAACCACCACACCAACCACCACCCCAACCACCACACCAACCACUUCCCCAACCACCACACCGACCACCACACCAACCACCACACCAACUACCACACCGACUACCGCACCAACCACCACACCAACCACCACACCAACUACCACACCAACUACCACACCAACCACCACACCAACUACCUUACUUCCCACUUUGCUGCACACGGCACUGGCCUCCAUUCCGUCGUCAACCAUGGACAACCCCCUGGUAACCAGCAAUGCACCUGGCGUUACCAUGCCAAUAACUUCUACAAAGCAGGCCUCGCCUCCCUACCCGGUGGCAACCGAUUUUGAAAGUCCGCCACAACGCACCAAUGCAUCCGUGACUUCACUGCAGCUCACCCAUUCAACGGCCGCCUCUUCUGAUAAUACUAAUAGGACAACGUUGCAAGCGCCAUCGGACCAGAUGCCGUCCGGCUUCUUCAUCAUACUGUACUCGCACAGCUCCGGAGGCAGCAGCCGGAGCACUGACAGACCGGGUGCUGGCAUGCCGUGGCUCAUUGCCGUUGUUGCAAUACGCCUCGUGGGACUCGUCUUGUUGCCGUAGAUACGCAACGCUUCGCGAUACCGGCGUGCUGUCGGCCGCUCAGUCAUUAUAUCGACUCAGCCGUCCCACCCAUUCUUCAUGUAUCUAUAGCUGCAUGUACAUGUACAUGUACCUGCAUAACGAUGACAUUGCACACACACACGUUGUGCGACGUGUUAGUCAGGUUGUCAUGGAUACGCAUUGAUAGCACUCCGCAGCAUUAUACUACUAGGAUCUGGCCCGUAGGCUGUAGCCAUGGAUACACAACGGUGGCAGCACGCCGGGUAGGAAUCGGUCCGUUGCCGGUCACAGUUGCAGUAAUGUCGAAUACUAUUGAUUGUGAUACGCCGCGCCGAAUCAGCACGUUGCCAUAGAUACACAUUGAUUGUAAUACGCCGCGGCUCGUAGGAUGCGGCCCACUGGCAUCAUGUUAGAUGCAUAAUAUGGUGUCUUUAGCUCUCGUCUAUUAUAUUUUGAAAGUGUACCUUUGCCUUUUGGCCAAUGUACAAACGGCUACUGUAUCCUGCAGACCAGCCCUCUCGUGUCAUAUUUGCCGGGCCUGCACGCAUAGCUAGAACAAUGUCUUCCUCUAUUUAGUUCUGAAGAGGCUCAGUGAAGCAGCAGAUUCCUCUUCCAUACAGAGUGGGAUUAGGGCAUCAUAAUAUUGCGAAGCGCUAUCAAGUUCUGCAGGCCUGAUCAUUCACUACAAAAUAAUUAUAUAAUUAUAUACAAAGAGAGAAUACAUUACCCAUGGAUACGAGUUGUACAUUAGUACUUGUAACUUGUAAUGCAUUUUAUUUUUUAUACUUGUAUAUUUUUUAUUAUUAUUAAUUUUUUUUAUCACAUUGCACAUACAUACGGAAGAUUUAUAUUGCACAAGUCGCCAAUGAAGCGUUUUUAAACUGAGGAAGAUCGACAUUGACAUACCGUCACAGCCAGGAACCACACAGCGAACUGUUCAGAACCUAGUCAUUGUGCUGCCUCCUCUUGUUCGUGUUCUUAUUUCCUUUUCUGCUGGUCGAAGCUUUGCUGGUCGCAUUAAUUUUCUAACAAGCGCACUGCCAUACUGUAUCAUGGCGUUCACCA